AUGACUAGGAACGAGUACCUGCUGACGGUGGUGGCGGAGGAGAGCGACCUGCUGCUGCUGGGCCUGAGGUUCUCGCCUGCCCAGCUGCACUUCCUGUUCCUUCGCGAGGACACGGCCGGCGCCUGGCAGACCCGAGUGUCCUUCCGCAGCCCAGCCCUGGUGGACAGUCGCUGGCACACGCUGGUCCUGGCUGUGUCUGCAGGCAUCUUCUCCCUCACCAUGGACUGCGGCCUCCCGGUGGACAUAAUGGCCGAUGUGCCCUUCCCAGCCACCCUGUCGGUGAAAGGAGCCCGAUUCUUCGUCGGCAGCCGGAGGAGAGCCAAAGGCCUGUUCACGGGCCUGGUGAGGCAGCUGGUCCUGCUACCCGGCUCAGACGCCACCCCAAGGCUGUGUCCCAGCAGGAAUGCCCCGCUGGCGGUGCUGUCCAUCCCACGGGUCCUGCAGGCUCUCAUGGGGAAGCCAGAAGAUAACGAGGUGCUAAAAUAUCCCUACGGUUAGUAGGGGGGCUGCCGGCCCCCGCACCAAAGGCAGACGCGAGAGCCCUGGUCUCACACCAGGCAGGAACUCAGG